GCGCUGGACCGCCGCCCGCUCGAUUUCGCGAUCCACGAACGACGGUAGCCACCACUUCCACCUCCACCUCCUCCUCCACCUCCGCUUCUUUUCUCUUUACCUUGCUCACGUUCUUGCCCUCUACCCCUGCAUUCUUCCUCUCGCUCUCUCUCUUUCCCUCUCUCCUUGUCUCUCUCUCUCUCUGUCUCUCUCUCUUUCUCUCUCUCUCACUCUCACUCUCUCGCAACAUCAUUUUAUUUCUCUCUUUAUCGAUAUCUAUCCAUUCGUUCCUUCUCCUCCCUAUCUUUAUCUUUCUCGGUACUUUACGUCAUCCUAUUCUCUUUCUUUCUCUCCUUUUAUUCCCCUUUUCCACCCUUACGCUUUCAAUUGGUCUCCAAGGUAUACACGAACGAGCACGCACAUAGAUGCGAUCGCGUAUCGGUUCUCUCCCUGUUUCUCUUGCUCUUUUCUCCAUUUUCCUCUGUCGAGCGAGCUUUCGCUAGCUCCGUACGUACGAACGUAAGUACGUACGGUGGAGUGUCGUGCACGCGUCCCGAGUGGAUGCAAGGCGUCGUCGCGAGGCACACGUCUCGCAGAUAAGUUGUCGCGUGGUCGUAAAAAAAAAAAAUUCUCAAUCUAUCGAUGGUGGAUCGAAUUUUUUCCGAACGAGUCGACGAAUCGUUCCUCCGUUUCAAGAGUCGCGCUGCCGUCCCGUGCCGCGCCGCGUCGUGUCGAUCGUCUUCUUCACGGUUUCGUGUCAUCUCCGCGAAUAAAUCGGGACGCGCAAAGUGAAUUCAGGCUCUGUAGUGACACCGAUCACCAAUCCUCGAUACGGUAACACGCGUCAAAAGUGCUCGAUCGACGCUCGUCUCGUGCAGUUUUUUCCCUCGACGAUUCCACGCGGAGGAACGAACGAUCGCUUUCCGAACGCUUUUGGUGUUUCCCUCGCGACGCGCAACUUCUAGAAAACGCCACGCGCGUCACUUCACUUUUUUUUACCUUGGAUCUCUCGUAGGUGCGGCUUAACCGACAUCGUAAUCUUCAUUCCAGAAGCAGACCUGUGUUUUCCUGCCGUUUUCCAAACAGUGGAAUAGUUUCAAAGUUGCGAAUCGUGCCCGGUCCAUCUUCCGACGAUGAUGCGACAGUGAUACAAGCGAUAAUCGAUGAUCGCCAAAUGCGAUUACGAGAUCCGUUACGAGUGAGCUCUCUUGACCAAUCGCGGAUGGAUCACGAGUCUUGGGGACAUUUCAAACCGUACAAGUGCAAUCAGUGCGCGACAUUCCGUGAAUAUAACUGCAAUUUCGAAACUGGAAGAUAUUCUCCUCGUAUACGAUAAUAAUAAAUAGUUGCGUUCUUCGUGAUCAGUAGUGUAUACGGGCACCGAUGUAGGUGCGACACGUUGUAGAAACGAGAAUCGAUAAGUCAACAGCGAAAUGGCACCGAUCGUUGAAACGCCGAACCCGACCACCGAACGAUCUAUCGAAAUCGCGAUGAGGUAGUGCUCAACGGAUAACGCGCGUGUGGGUGACUGUAGUGCACAUAUAAGGGAAACUUUCAACAGUUUCCCGCGGAAGAUCUACACCGGAUCUUCGGGCGAAAUUUCAACACACGACCGUCACAUGUUUGGGAUCCGAUCGACUACGUUUAACGAGCCAAGACCUGGAGGCCACAGAGAGAAUCGAACAUCUCCGAAGGACGCAGAUGCCCCGAAGGAAACAGCACGCUCCACAACGUAUGAAAUGUAAGUAGUGGUCUCCGAUCGUUUGAAAAGCGAGCGGCCCGCAGCCGCCGCACCGGACGGGAGACAUGCGCAGCAAGCAGCAGCCGAGGCCUUCCUUUCGGUGGCCGCAGCAACGCGGCGAUAAUCUUACCGGGGAGGACGGAGUCGAAGGGCCCGGCGCGGACCUCCAGGCGGAGGAAGGCGGCGAUUGCGCGGAGGAUGACGGCCCAAUUAGCCCUAGCGAGAGAGGCUGCGCAACGGUGGCCAAGGAGGAGGAAGAUGGGGACGCGACCGACGAGGAAGACGACGAGGACGGAUCGCCGCCCGCCCCAUCGCCUUCCGCGACAGCGAGACUGAACCCCGCCAUUCUGAGGGACACCGGACCGCCGGACAGAGAGCCGAUGAGUCCACGCUGCCCCUCGAGAGAUUCACGGGAGUCGUCCGGGCCGGCGAGCGGAAGCCCCCCGCCGCCAGCGACGAGGAGCACCGCGAGCCCUGUCAGCCCUAGCGGGAUCGUGCCGCUACCGCUCGGCACCCAUCCUCUUCUGCCGCCUCAUUCCGCCGCCGUGAUGGCGGCCUAUCUCCAGCAGACCCACCACAGACUGCUGCUCGGCCACUCGCCGCUCUCGCGCGGCUCGGUGUCGCCCCUGGUCUCCUCCUCGUGCUCGCCGCCGGCCGCCACCCCCGGCCUCCUCGUCUCGCCGACCAGCGUCGGCGAGGUGUCGCCCACGGCCACCCCGCUCCCGGCCGUGCUCGACUUCAGCACGAGGAAGGCGUCAUCGACCGAGGACGACGAGGAGGAGCAGAUACUCAACCUCAGCAAGCCGCCCACCCCGUCCUCCUCCUCCACGGAGGCCAACAACGGGCCCCUCGACCUCUCGGUGCCGAGCAGGAAACGUCCCAGCCCCGAGGACUCGCCCCCCCUUCCCGUGCGAAAAUCCUCCCGGCUCUCGACGAGCACGGCGGCUGCGGCCGCGGCGGCCGCCGCCGCCGCGGCGGCCCACCAGGAGGCGGCCCAGGCCGUGACCGCCGCGGCCGGCUUCGGCAGGCCGCCCGUCGUCUCGCCGUGGACGUCGCCCGUCGUCGCGUCCCACUUCCCCUACUUCGCGGCGGCGGCCGUGGUCGCGGCCGCGGCCACUAGUCAGCAGCAGGCCCUCUCGCCCAAGAGCACGGCGGGCGUGGUCGAGCAGCAGCAGCAGCACCAGCAGCAGCACCAGCAGCACCAUCACCAGCAGCAGCAGCAGCAGCACCACCACCACCACCACCAACACCACCAGCAACUGUGGAACGGAAAGAUGAAGCCGCCGUUGGACAAGUCGUACCAGCCGAGCGAGGCGACCAAAGCGUUGGAGAAGAUGAGCGAGUUGAGCAAGCUGGGCGGCGAGGACCUGUUCAGGUCGGGGGCGGGGGGAGGCGCGGGAGGCGCGGUGGCCGCGGCGGCGGCCGCGGCCGCGGCCGCCGCCGCCGCUGUGGCGGGGAACGCGAGCGGCCCCGGGUCCACCUCCGGGAGCAGGCACAGCGCGUGGCAGUCCCACUGGCUGAACAAGGGCGCCGACCAGGCCAAGGACGUGCUCAAGUGCGUGUGGUGCAAGCAGAGCUUCCCGACCCUCGCCGCGAUGACCACGCACAUGAAGGAGGCCAAACACUGCGGCGUCAACAUGCCCGUGCCACCGGCCGCCCCCUCGCUCCACCCGCAGCCGCCCACCGUGCCCGGCAUCGCCACGCCGCAGCCCCCGCAGACCACCUCGUCGGCCAACAGCGGCGGCGGCCCGGCCGCCGCCGGGGGCGGCUCGGCCGCGCCGAGCAGCAAGCAGAGCCCGUCCGAGUUGAACCUGCUGAUCAAGGAGACGAUGCCGCUUCCGAGGAAGCUGGUCCGCGGCCAGGACGUCUGGCUCGGGAAGGGGGCCGAGCAGACCAGGCAGAUCCUCAAGUGCAUGUGGUGCGGCCAGAGUUUCCGCUCCCUCGCCGAGAUGACCUCGCACAUGCAGCAGACCCAGCACUACACCAACAUCAUCUCGCAGGAGCAGAUCAUCUCGUGGAAGUCGUCGGACGAGAGCAAGGGGGGGAGCGGGGCGGGCGGCGGGAGCGCGGGCGGAGGAGGCGGCGGGGGCGGCGGCGGCGGAGGCGGCGCGGGCGCCAGCGGGCCGGUGACGGCGGGGGGCGGCGGCGGGUCGGCGGGAGGCGGGGUGGGGUCCGGGCCGCACGGCGGGAACGCGGCGGGGCCCGGCUCGGGCGCGACGAGCAGCCACGUGAGCGCGGUGCUCACUUGCAAGGUGUGCGACCAGGCGUUCAGCUCGCUCAAGGAGUUGAGCAACCACAUGGUGAAGAACUCGCACUACAAGGAGCACAUCAUGCGCUCCAUAACGGAGAGCGGCGGGCGGAGGAGGCAGACGAGGGAGAAGCGCAAGAAGUCGUUGCCGGUGAGGAAGUUGUUGGAGCUGGAGAGGGCGCAGAACGAGUUCAAGAACGGGGACGCGGCGGCGGGCCUCGGCCACAAUCUGGGGAAACACGCGGGGCGCAUCACGUGCGAGAAGUGCGGCGAAAAGAUCGAGACGACCAUCUUCGUCGAACACAUACGCCAGUGCAUCGGGGCGGGGGCGGUGGGCGCGAGUCAGCGCAACUUCUUGAAGAACGCGUUGAUGUCCAACCAUUUGCCGGCCACGCUGCCGCCCGCCGAGACGGGGCGCAAAAGCGUGACCGAGGACGGGGCCUCCUCGAGACACCAUCGGUCCCCCUCGUCGGCCAGCGACGCCACCACCCCCGGCAAGGACACGCCGACCCCGGCCGCGGCCGAGACGACCGGCACCUCGUCCCCCUCCGUGUUGAACGCCAUCGAGAAGCUGAUCGAGAAGAGCUUCGACUCGAGGGUCAGACACGGCACGCCCGGCCUCCACCACGCCCAGCCCGGCGCCCCGAUGGGCACGAGCAUAUUGAAACGGCUCGGGAUCGACGAGAGCGUGGACUACACGAAACCGUUGGUCGAUCCGCAGACCAUGAACCUGCUUCGCUCGUAUCAGCAGCAGCAGCAGCAGCAUCAACACCAACAGCAACAGCACUACGCGACGAGCGCGGCAGCGCGGCGGGAACGAAGCGGGAGCGAGUCGAGCUCCGUGUCGGAGCGAGGAAGCGGGGGGGGCGGUAGGACCGACUCGAUGACGCCCGAGAGACGCGUGGAUCUGUCCUCGGUCGGGCACGCGGACGCCAGGCAUUCCCACCACCACCGGCUCACGCCCGACAAGCAACUCGGUCCCCAAAACCUGCCCCCGAGCCGCCAUCAUCCACCCACCGAGGAAUCCGGGGACGAGGAAUCCUCGACGACCGCGGCCACGUCCGCGUCCGGCUCCGCGGCGGGCGGCGGCGCGGCUGCUCCCGCGUCCAGCGUGGUCGUGGUGAAGAAGGAGCCUCGCGACGAGGAGACGGAGGAACGCGUGGGGAACGAGGAGGAGCAGCAGCAGUCGCAGCAGCAGCCGGGCCGAGAGGUGUUCGUGAAGAAGGAGAUAGUGGAGGACUGCAGGGAGGAGGAGGAGGCGGCGGCGGGCACGUUCCAUCAUCGGCGAGGCAGCUUGCACGAGGGAUCGGAGGAGGGUCGGGGGGAGGUGUUGUCGCCCCGGAUGAAUCCGCCGACGCCGAGAUCGAGCGGGCAGCCGGAACAGUUGACGCGCAGCCCCUGCAGGAACAGCACCAGCAGUCCAACGAGCAGCGAUCGGUCCGUAACCCCGCGAGGGACGCCCGACACGAAGGGGUCGAGCAGCCUGGGCGCCCUCUCCUCCAUGUUCGACAGCCUGUCAGGGGGCGGAGGCGGCGGCGGCGGGGGCGGCGGGAGCGGCGGCGGCGGCGGCGGAGGCUCGAGCAACGCGGUCGACUCUCAGGGACGCAAGACGAGCAGCCAUCCGUUGGCCGCGCUGCAGAAGCUCUGCGACAAGACGGAGACGAGGGGGCCGAGCGGCAGCGCGGCCCGAUCGGGCGGCGGCCCCGGGACCGCGUCCGGCCUCGCCACCGCGGCCGGGAGCGGCGGCGUGGGCGCGGCCGGCCCCGGUUCCGGCACGGCCCCGGGGGCGAUCCUGGCGUUCAGCUGGGCCUGCAACGACGCCGUCGUCACCGCCGACUCCAUCAUGAAAUGCGCCUUCUGCGACACGCCCUUCAUCUCCAAGGGCGCGUACAGGCACCACCUAUCGAAGAUGCACUUCGUCAAGGACGGCGUGAUCCCCGACCCCCUGACCAUCGGCCGGUCGGCGGCGGCUGCGGCGGCGGCGGCGGCCGCGGCCGCGGCCGCGGCCGCCGCGGUCUCCCAGACCACCGGGACCGGGCCCCCACCACCAUCCGGCCACGCUUCUUCCUCGCCCCCGACCUCCCAGCGCAACAAGUCGCCGCCGCUUCCGCAGGCGAACGGCAGCCCGUCUCAGUCAGCGGCCUCUCCCCUCGAGGAGAGCCCGCACUCCAAAUUUCUCAAGUAUACGGAGCUGGCCAAGCAGUUGUCCAGCAAGUACGUAUAGUCCGAGCCCCGUAAGUAGCGGUGCCACUUGUACAUAACGUGUAUCUAUAAUGUAACGACUGUAAUUAGCGACGCGAUUUUGGUCACCUUUUCACCUCCUUCCGACCUCCUCCUCCCCAUCGAACGUGUCCUUUCGUUCGCGAUUCCAUUAUUCGCCUCUCCCCUCUUCUCGCUUCCCCACUCUCUCUCUCUCUCUCUCUCUCUCUCUCUCUUCCUCGUCACCCGAAACCCCUCCCCUCCCCCGAUCGCUCUUUCCAUCUGGCGAUAAGCGAGUCGCGCGGCGAAAACCGGAAAGCGGAGGAGGUGGAUAUCGAACGUGCGUUGAUUUUCAUUGUGAUGCCACCAUAUCUCGCGGCACUGCUGAGUCAAGGGGCUCGGCCAGCGGCCAAGUUUGUGAUUUUAUAAAUACUUAAGGACAUUUACGAUUGGCGUUGAGAGAGAGGGAGUGAGAGAGAGGGAGAAAAUGCGUUCGACCGAGUGCGAGAGAGAGAGAGAGAGAGAGAGAGCGUGAACGAGACGAGCGCGUGGAGAGAAAGAGCGAUGAGAAGGCAGCGAGGAGAGCGGAGAUGAAUUUUCUAAGGUGUAGAACAGAAAGGCUUACCUAUCGCACAGCUGUCAGUAAGGUCAGAUCAGCAUGUAUACCUUUAGAACGUAAGAGCGUAGUUGAUUAGCGCAUAGGCUAGGCUAGGGUCCGCCCUUGUAUAGGAACCUCUUUGUUCAUACUUAGAGAGCUGCGAAACCGGUGAGAUCGUUCGGGAUCGAACUUCGUCGAAACUCUGCUACGAGGGUUUGGAACGGGCCGAGAACGAGAACGGGUACGGCGGGAGGAUAGCGAGAGAAAUGGCAUAAUGGAGAACGCAUCGAGAAGCGACGAGAUACGGUGCAAUAGCGAGGCUCGCGAUUAUACUCGAGACACGUGCGCGACGCGACGCGGCCUCCUCCAAACGUUAUCGUUUCCCUUCGCUCGUAGCGCACGAGUAGACCAUUGUAAAUUUUCUUUGUUCAAAUAAUAUUUAUUGCGCCGUGCGAGUCAACGCGACGUUUUAAGUGUAAAAUAUUGUCAUUAUUAUCGCUCGGAUUAUCGCGAUAUACCGUGUAUAUUGAUUACGAUUACGAUUAUUCUCUAUACAAUUACGAAGAAAACGAAUGCAGGAGAACGCAGCGGGGAGAAAUAUUGGAUAUAGGGGGGGCUCCCUGCGCCAGGAAUCCCAUCGUCUCUCGGCUAACGUGCGUGCUUUUCUGCUUGGCCCGAAAAUUCGAGAGGGAGGGGGACGGAAACGGCGAGAUGAAAGAAAGCUUGGACAAGCACGAUCGGCCGCGCGUCAACGCGAGAACGCGAGAAGGAAGCUGGUGGCUCGCGAGCGAGAGAAAGGAAAAGCGAGGCGAUGAUUGCGCGCGCGUUCGAGGACGAGUAAACGCGGUUUUGGAGCGGAACACACUUGUAUACGUAUUUCUUGUAAACUCUAAUUCUUCCAUCGCGGACUUUAAAAGUAUUUAUCGAUAUAACGAUAAUAUUAAUAUUAUUAUUGUAAUUAUAUACGACUGCUGAGAGUGUGGCGGGGGGAUACGACAAAUCCGCGCGAUUGCGGUACACGGCACAUGCGCGUGAACGAACGCGCAGCGCGUGCGCACUCGCGGAUACGAAACGAGAAAUAGCCAACCGUGCGAAAAAUACGCUCGAAAAGUACCUACCUACUUACAAAUGCGCAACCACAAAGAUAUGCAUCAUGUAUACGCGAUUCUUGAAACCAUUUUACCAGAUUUGUCAUUAUUUAAUUAUUUCGGUUGUAUUUUAAAAUGCAAUUAAAGCUCAAAUAAAUAUAUAUGUUAUAAAGUA